AUGGCCAGAAAAGGCUUUAAAGCAGUAGCACAGCUUGUUGGAGGAACUACUGACUUUGAGAUUGUCAAGUCUCACUCGGACAGCGAAACUCUGCAGAUUACUGCGCUUGUAGUCGCCAGAGGGAGCAUUCAAUCUUCUCAACGUUUUUCAAGUAGACCGGGUCCGAUCACAACGUUUCAGGUGGACGUCACUCCUCAGUUGGCUGAUCGUUUCUGCGUCGUUGCUUUCUAUGUGAAGAGUUGUUCGGAUGGGCAACGUCAUGUCAUCUCUGAUGUUGCCUGCGUAGACACCAACAAACGGUGUUCAAACGAGAUAUCUCUGAGUUUAGCAAGACCAUCAGUAGACCCAGGUGCGCUAGUCAAUCUUGAAAUCAAAGUGGAUUGCCCAUUUUCGGAUAUUGCUCUUCUUGCUGUGGACAAGGGAUUGUACAUCCUCAAUAAUGAAAGCAAAUUGACUCGGGAGAAGAUGUUCAAAAGUUUGGAUAACUGUUCACGCUCUUGUGGUUACACGUUGGCAAGCUCAGAUGGUAUAUUUGACGUAGCAGGAUUGACAGCAAUUUCACAAACUCAGUUGAAUCCUCUGUGCAGCUGUUGUUCACGAUCUUGCCGUUCUACUUGCCUCAAGGAAGAUGAUCAAUGUGCUGGGAGCCGUAGCAAACGCUCUGAUACACUUGGUGAUGAUCGUUGUCCUGAGCUUCAUCAGCAACUACGAGACAAAGGGAUUUGGGCUAUGCAAGAACACCGGUAUCGUUUCUGCUUCUCUGAGUACCAGAAAAUGGUCGCAGGAACAUCAUUUUUCAAUUUGACAACUGAGAUAGACGCUCGUGCUCAGUAUGAUUGCUGCGUUGGAAAGGAUUUAAGGGCAAAAGCUAACGUUCCAUCUGAAUUCAAUGAUUUAUUUGAAAGUUCUGAAGUACGUCGUAGCAGUAAAAGGUCGUCGUUUCCUCACGUCUGGCUACAAGACAAAGUCAUCACAAACGGUAAUUUGCGGACAGUUCCUCUUGAUCUUACAAUUCCUGAUUCAAUCACCACAUGGUCUAUUUACGGAUUGGCUCAAUGUUGUGCCACUGGAUUUUGUGUAUCGGAACCAGUUGAACUGACUGCUUUCGUUCCAAUAUUCGCGGAAUGUCAUUUGCCGUAUUCGUUUAAGCGUCAAGAGCAGGUGUCUGUAACUUGUUCAGUAUACAACUACAAUUCAAACAAGCAAAGAGCUUGUCUUCAAAUAGUGAAUCCACCCGACACCCUUUGCACAUCUGCGGGUACCGGAGAGAAGACAACUCCUGCCUGCUUUUGGGUGGAAGCUGAAGACACACAAUCGGUUACCAUUCCAUUGUUGCCACUUGAAGUCGGCAUCACUAAGCUUACAGUAAAGAUGAGGUCAUUCUUUGGAGAGGAUGAAGUAGAAAUGGAUAUCAGAGUCGAACCUGAAGGAGUCCUGCGAUAUUACGACUAUCGAGCUGAGUUAGAUCCAGAAGGUGAAAAUAUGGCAGAUCGUGGAGGAUGCAGUCUUGCGCCACCUUUAGAUGCCAGAGCUGGUAAAUGCUUCAAGUCGUUUUCUCGUUCGGACACGUGCGAAAAUCCUAUUGCUGGCCGUUAUACAAUGGACCAGUGUUGUAGCGAACAGAUAGGAAGUUUUUCAGUGGCUUUUAGUGACGGAAUCACGUGUGUGUUGUGUCCGUCAAGAACAGAGUUGCAUCUUUGCGGUGUAGACUGCUCUUGCGCGGGAAGCAGACAAACUAGAAAACAAGUAAACUAUUUUUACAUCAGAGCUCCGGAAGAAUAUAUUGAAGGAUCUCAGACUGCUUGGUUGGGAGUCACCGGUAAAUAUUUUGCCAUUAACGAGGACAUCGAAGGUCGAGUUGAUGCAAGAGAAGGAAUAAAUUCUCUGGUUCGGCUUCCGUCUGGAUGCGGAGAGCAGAAUAUGGCGAACUUUGCUCCAACGUGUGCGGUAAUUUCGUUCUUGCACGCUACUAGUGCAACUAUCAACGAAGAACAUCGAGAAACGCUGAGAAAGGGCUACGAAUAUCACAUGCGGUUCCGAAGUUCUGACGGAGGAUUUGCAGUGCGGGAACGAAAAAGCGUUGCAAAAACAUUUUUGAGUUCUUACGUUCUUGCAACUCUGUGUCGUUCACGGCAGUUUAUUUACGUCGAUCCUAGUAUAAUUUCCGGUGUGGUUGCUCUUCUUGAAUCUCGACGACUGCCUUCGGGACAGUUUAAGGCUCUACUAAGAAGUUACAACACUAGACGGCUUGGUCAGGACGACAUUGUGUACAGGACUGCUUACAUUGCUAUGAGCUUGUUGGAAUGUUGUCUCCCCAACGAAGAAAGAGCUCUAAGAUCUAGUGUAUGUCCUGCCGUCACUUAUAUACAAAACGAAUUCGACGCUGGUCGAGUGAGGACGAUUUACGCUAAGUCUAUCAUAUACUUUGCUCUGAUGAAGGCUUGCAACAACAACUCAGGUUGCAGUGUCUGUAUUGAUCAGGGAGUGUGCGAUUUGACAAUUAUUGAUAAUGUGCGACGUGAUCUGUUUAGAGAAGUUAUUAUCAAUGACGACGGUUCGCGGUAUUGGGAUGAGAAAGACUUUGGUUACAGCAGACAAGAAUCGUAUUACAAUCGGCCCAAUUCAUAUGCCGUGGAAAUGACAUCUUUCAUUCUUCAAGCUUGUCUCAUUGGUAAAGACUGCAGAUGCGCAGCAUCCGCUGCAAAGUGGUUGAAUAGCGUGAGGAACUACAAUGGAGGAUUUGUAUCGACGCACGAUACAGUUAUUGGUUUGUACGCUUUGGGUGCAUUUACAGCAGGUUGCAGCAUCACUGUACUACACCCUCCCAAUCUUUGCGUAAAAGUAAGGCAAAUGAGCAAUCCCGAAGUCGAGUUUGCGAAUUUCAGGAUAAAUCAAUCAAACGCUGCCCUUACACAACGGAUUCAGCUACCAAUUAAUAAUGUGUACCAAGUAGAAACAUGUGGAACAGGACUUGGCCAAUCAAUGGUCCACGUUGAAUACAACGUUCCUUCGACCGGAUACGAAAAAUGUGCCUUCGCUAUAACAGCAAACGGAAGAACAAAGACCUCUUCAAACGAUGAAGAGACAAGCACGGAGGCAGAAAUUGCGGUUUGCGUUCGAUACUUGGGUGACAGUUGCACCGGUAUGGCUAACAUUGAAGUCGAGUUGCCAACCGGAUAUGCGGCGUGUAAUGAGUCUUCUACUGAAGAGGCUGACCCUCUCUGUCUUAGCGAUAUAUUUUCAUCAAGAGGUGAAGAUCUGAAGCUGUAUAUGUACGAAAUUAACAGCAAAUCGGUUGUUUUCUACUUUGAUGAGCUUUGUAGUGCCAAGAAUAUUUGUAUUACAUUCAAAGCGUACAGAAAGUUUGAAGUCAUGCGUUCUUUGCCUGUCAGUGUGAUAGCCUACGAUUACUACAGUCCAGCUAUAAAGUGCACCGAGUUCUACACUUUAGACGGCGGCAGUUCCAAACUGUCCUUAAUUUGUGACGACCAAGGGAACAGUGAUUCUCCGACCUGUGUGUGUGGAGCAGGGCGAUGUCCUGUUCUUGAAACCAUAGAAAACAGAACGUGCAGUGCAUGCGUUUACCAUCAAUACGUCUAUAGAGUUCGUGUGCUUGCAAUAGAAGAAAACAACGGAUGGUCACAAAUCAAAGUCCACGUAGUAGAAAUUUUGAAGCCUGGAAGUGCUGAUCUAAAAGCCGGCAAAUCAAAUAUUACGUUGUGGCUUCCUGAAGUUUGCCAGUUGACAGUCGAUUUUCAAAUUGGUGACGAUUAUCACGUUCAAGGAUUGGACGGACUUAAGUUUGUGCUCGAUCACAACUCUCACAUAGAACAAUGGCCUGAACGGACCUUUGACGAAUGCAAAGAGAAGGAAAAGAAUGCUUGCUUUAGAAAAGCGUGCAAGAAAUCUAAGAACUCCAAACAAAGAAAAGAAUGCGAGAAGAAGAAAAGUAACAAAAACAAGUGCAAGAAGGAAGUUGACAAGAAAUGCAAAGACGUUCAGAAAUUUUACAAAUACGUCAGUAAUAUGAAAGACGGCCACGUCUGUGAAUUAGUCGACAUAUGCAAGUGAGUGCCAUGAAGCACAUGCUGGUGCGAACCGUGCAGAUCUAGAACUGCUUUAAUUGUUUGACAUUUGAUUUGUAAUGAGUUGUCAUUGCGUAAGUUGUUCGCGUGGGGAUGUUGAGACUUUCUGCUUCAUUUAGUGGAGACGUUUUGUCUAAAUGUCCAAACAUGUUCUCUGUGAUUGUAUGUGUGGAGCAAAUAGAACAAUUUGUCGCAACAAA